AUGUCAAAACUACAUGUCCAUAGAGGGAUAAUAUUAAUUCUAUUGUUCGGAGUAGGGCUUCGUGCCGUAUCUGUAGUUGACGAAAUAAACGUGUUGAGAGAAGAGUUGCGGGAUAUUAGUGAUUUUGUCAAAGUUUUGGUCUACAGGAUUGACGAACUUGAAAAAGCAAAUAAACUUCUUCAGAGAUGUGAUUGUCGAGGAGACCACAUAGGCAAAACCAUAAAUCUACAUCAGAGUAAUAACACAAAAGAAGGGAGCGAUAGCCAACGUCUCCAUAGUGUCAAAGAAUGUGAAACAGAGAUAUCAAAUCAAAUCAAAAGACGUUCUGUGUCAGUUAAAGUUGCCUUUCGGGCAUAUGUGACUGGACCCAUUUCCAAUCUUGACGAUAAUCAGAUCAUAUCAUUCAGAUCUGUUCCAUUUCACACGCACAGCGCAUUUCAUGGCGACAGUGGUGUCUUUACUUCUCCUAAAAGUGGACUUUAUGCGUUUUUCUGCACAAUAUUAGUUUAUUAUGAACAGAGAUUAGAAUUUGAAAUUGUAAGAGACGGUCAUAUUUUAGCAUAUGGUGGAAGCUAUGGCAAUCAAGCAGAACAUAAAGAUUACGGAAGCGGGACAACUUCAACAGUAGUACAGCUAAAUGCAGGAGAAAAGGUUUACGUUCGAGUUCAUGGCAACAUUCAUCCCUCAUCUGGACAGAUAAUUUUUCAGGGUUUUUCAUACUUUAUGGGAUUCAGUCUGGAUUAA